AUGGGCUUGUUAGGUGGUUUUAUCGUUCAUCCUAAAACAAUAUCCACAUAUGGUGAAUUCGUACUCGUUCUAAAUGAUUGGCAACAUUUUUAUACUAGUCAACAACAUCUUUUACUUGUUGAAAGUGGUCAGUUUUAUCCAAACAGUCUUGAAUCAUUGACACAAUCAGAUACAAUCGACUGUUUUGAAUCUGUCGAUGGAUCAAGAGCAGCUGAAGCCUUGGUUACUUCUAUCUUGAUCAAUGGCCGUGGACAAUACUUUGACCCCCGAGCAACAAAUGAUAAUUCGAGCACAACGCCAUUAGAGAUUCUGAGCAUUAGUGACUCGAAUUAUUCAACUUAUCGCCUUCGUCUUAUUAAUGGUGGCAGUGUUUUUUCACUUAAAUUUUCCAUUGAUGAACAUCCAUUACAAGUGAUCGCUUCGGAUGGUGUUCCAUUCACUGAGCCAUUGAUUGUUGAUCAGUUGAUCAUCGGACUUGGAGAACGAUUCGAUGUGCUUAUUAAUAGGAAAAUAAUGAAUUCUGUCAAUUAUUGGAUUCGUGUAGACACCAUGGACAAAAACAACAAUCCAAGAUGGUAUGCACGAGCCAUUUUGCAAUACACUCAUGAGAGUAGAAUGCCAACAACGAGCCAAAAAAAUUGUACUGUACUCGAACAGUGUCGAAUUCUAAACUGCCCGUUUUCUCAAUAUGGGAGCGAGCCAUCUUUCAUUUGUCUGACACCACAAAACAUGAGCACACAUACAGAUUAUCUUGACCUGGAUUUGCUCAAUGAAACGAUUAAUGUCAAUGUCAAACGAACACUAUCGUUAAAUAUGGUUAUGGGCAACGAGGAUCGAGCUGGUUUUGAAUCAAUCAAUUAUAUUGGCAUGCAAUAUCCAUCAAUGCAGGAGCCCAUACUCUAUAAUGCUCAAACUGCCCGAUAUUUACUGCCCUGUUCAAAUAGCCGUUUAGACAUGAAUACAGGUGAAAGAUGUUAUCAUUUUAUACUUGCACAAUUUGGUGAUAUUAUCGAAUUUCUUCUCGUCAAUUAUGAUACUCAUCAACAUCCGAUGCAUUUGCAUGGUUCUUAUUUCCAUAUCGUUGAGCAAGGCUUAGCUCAGUUAAAUACAACAACAGGUGAAUUUCUUGAUAACAACCCAAAUGUUGAAUGUAAUGACUAUGCUGAGUGUGUGUGCAAAGCAGGUUCGACAUGCACAAAAAAUAAUAUGCGCCUCGUUAAAGACACAGUUCAGGUGCCCAAAGGAGGGUAUGCUUUAUAG